AACAAGAAAGCUAUGGUCUGACUGAAGGAUGUUGUUCAAGAUGUCUGCAUUCUCAAGAGGGUGUCUGCGGUACCAGUAUGCUUUCAAAUCUACUCGAAUUCAAAGCUUCUUGUGCAAGACCCUCAAUACUCCUCCUCCUCCACCACGAUUCUUCACAACCUCCCCUCUCCUCCGUGCAGCGCGAAAAACACGCGCAGCUCCCCAACCAUCCAAACCCUCACUUGCAUCGACGAAGACCUCUCCACCUACAAACUUGCCCGUCUAUGCGUCGUACGCCAACACCCUCGCCAACAAAUCCCACCCCACACUCCUCUAUGAAGCACCUUCACAUACGCUAUUGAUGAUCUGCGCUUGGACGGGUGCAGCAACAUGCUUUGGCUACUCCUUAUACAACUGCUGGACCGUAGUUUUAAACCCAAAUCCAGGACUCGCGCAGUGGAUACCACUUGCUUUCGGAGGUGUGGUAAUCCUAAUGUCUGCGCUAGGAACCUGGUUGGUAUUUGGUACCACUGGUAUUGUGAGGUCUGUCACUGCCUUACCUAAGAAAGCAAAUCAACUCUCUGGAGUUGCGAACAGGAAUCUGCCUAAGACGAGCAUGGUGCCGGCAGCAACGCAGCCAGAGUUGCAGAUCGAAAUUGUGUUGAAGAAAAUGCUCCCGAUACCCUUCUUCCCAGCAAGAGUCCUGUAUGUUACACCAUCUCAAAUCGAACUUCCCUCGCGACUAGCUCCUCCUCCACCAGCGAACUUUUCUCCAGCAGAGCUGCGCCAAAUGCGCGUAGCAGACGAAGCUCGACUUAAGCAGGAGCAAGAGUAUGAGAGGAGUCAUAUCAUGAGUUCGCCGUUCAGACAUAUGAGCCGGGCUCUUUUUGCUCUGUUCAAGGCAAUUGGGAGAUCUUGGACUGGGGAAGGGUUUAUGAAGAUUGUGGUCAAAGGACAAAGGUACAAGUUAGAUAUUAAUGGUGGGUGGGCUCUGGAUGGGGGCAAGGCUUUGGAUAGGUUGGCAACUACCAAACGUUUUCUUUGA